AGUCCAUCAUGUUGAUUGCUCACAGUUUCACACCCACCUUCGUCUUCAUCAAUCAACAAUUCUCGCUCCUUUCUCAUCCCUACAAAACCACUCUCCUCUCUCUCACAUCUUCUCCUCCAAUUUCCAUUCUUCUCUUCUCGUAUCACUUUCUUCUACAAUCUACGCCCAAUCAAGCGUUGCCUUCUUGUUUUCCGAGAAAUUUACCCAGAGCUAUUUGUCGAACAUCUUUUAGGCGUUAAGAUGAGGAGCAAGGGGCAGAGCCAGAACGUGUUCGUGAGGUUCAUUACUUCACCGUUCAGAGCGCUGGGAAGAGCGCGAGAUUUUUACGUGCGAAGCAUAACGAAGUGUGGUCACAAUAUGAACUACAGUAACCCUGUGGAUGCGGCUGGGAGAUUCGCGGCCUUUCCUAGAAGUUACAGUGCCAACACUUCGAGGUCCGAAGAGAGCGAGGAUUUCGCAGAGCUCGUGAGAGCAGCGUCGGCGAGGACUAUGGUCGAUAGAAUCGACAUGGACUUGGUUCUGAAGCGUCACGCGACGGCACAGAAACAACAGUCUGUGGAAUCAACAGGAUUGCCCAAAUCCACCAGUGUAGGGAUGACGAAAAUUGACGAAGAUAAGCCUUAUGAUUUUGCAGAUGGGGGUGUUAAUAGCGCUCCAGAUUUGUACCCUAGAAGUAGAAGCUAUGCUGUGGGAAAGAGAAAUGUUGUUUUCUGAAUUAUCUGAUUCUUAGCCUGAACUAUCUUACAGGCCCGGAAAAAAAAAAGGAUUAUGACCUCAACGCAAAAUGAGAUUGGGGAGAGAUGUUUGUGAGACUGUAAAAAAUUUAAUUCUCGUUCCUUCCCCGUGUUGGUGCUAGUGGUGUUACAUUCUUUUAAGUGUAUUGCGUGAAUUCUCUCUCUCUCUCUCUCUCUCUCUCUCUCUCUCUCUCUCAUUCUGCUAUUGUGAAAGUUACAAUUUUGUUUCUUCUUCCUGCCUGAUUUAGUGCUUUAGAUUUUUAUAUGGUGAUUGGUGUGCUGAUGCAUUCAACGGAGAAGAAUCAAGACUAAUUAAAUUAGCAUUUAGCAAAGCUUUAAGUCGUAUUUGGU